AUCUGGGUAUUCUUCUUCCGCUGCCGUUGGCGACAACAUGCACGUCCGUGAGACUGAGCACAGGCACCUGGGAAGCCCUCACUGGCACCCUUAGGUGAGCACCUGCGAGAUAUCUCGCCGUAGCGUCAAAGACUCUCUAGGAUCUCAUGCACUGCCCCGACACGUAAGUGGGAGAGAGAGAGAGAGAGAAAGAAAGAGAGAGAGAGAGGGAGGGAGAGCAUCUCCUCGAAGCAAAGUCAAAAAGCGCGCUGAGAGUGACGUCGCCUGCUCGGCUACGCUCGGGUCUAUGUCGGUUACCAUAUAUGGUUAUGAGGCGGCCCGCAACUGUGACGUGUUGGUGGAAGCAACAUGGCUCUCUCAGCUGCAACUGCACAUGGAGAUAAAUCGCCUCCGACAGCCAUUUGACUGCGCUUCUUUCGUUCUUUAUGGAUGGAAUGAGUUUCCCUACCUCAAAAUAAAGCUCAGGCCGAUAACAAAAGCGCCGCUGAAUGCGUUGCGAGAGAAUAAUUCUGAACUUAUCGACUUCUCUCGCUAGAGUACGGAGAAGCAGCAAGAGUGACGUUGUGUGACGUCAUAGCUGCGCGCUGAUUGGCUGGCCUGCGUGAUGUCGUCCCAUUCAUAAAACUGGCGAUGCAGACCGUCGAGCUGGUUAGUGAGACUCGUGGCUGUGCGGCAAUAGGAGGUUGACUAGUUAGCUCGUCGUCGGCACCUUGGCUCCACUGGAAGACUUCAAGUGGUCGCUCGGGGCCAAUCGUUGCCUCUGGCGUCUGCCUUCCAUAUCAACCAUAUCAGGUCAGGGGUCGUCACACCCCAAUACACCUGUGCAGGACACGCCGCCUUCCCCAGCUUCGCUUAAUACCAGUGAAGAAGAGCUAAACUUUGACACCAUGAUUAUGGACGGUAUGGACCCGUUGCCAGCCAUGGCAGAGCCAACAGUGUCCUUCAGUUUGGUCAGCUUCGAGUCCUUCUCGAAGAGUGUGGAUUGCCUUCCUUCGCCCCUGCCACCGGCCUCCAUUUUUGACAGACCUGGAGAGGAUUGCCUCAACACUCCUGUCACCACUUCGGAGAUGCCCUCGUUCUUUGCGCCAGGGGGUUCCCUCACGGAUCCAGAACCGCCCCCAAUCACAGCCUCGGUGGAGAGUGCAGAGGAGCAGCGCAGCCCGGCGAGCGAGGGGAACCCAGCAUCCCCAGCCUCCUUACAUCCCCAUCAGGAGCAACUUCAUCACCAACCUCAGUUGCACCAGUUACAUCACCCUGCUUCCCCUACCUCUUUGCACCAUCUUCCCCAGGAGCAGACUCAUCUACACACUCAACAACCUUCUGUAACUCCUAUUCCAAUUCAGCAAGAAACUGUAAAGCAGGAAGUACCCGAUCUUGUUGGCAGCCCUUGCCUUGCAUCGCCCGGGGCAGUAGGCAGCCCCUGCGCGUCCCCGGGUGAAAGUGGAGUAGAGAGCACCAUGUUUCCUCAUCAGGCAGCUGCACCGGCAGCAACAGCAACUGGAGUGACUGAUGCAGACAACCAGACUGCUGACGGUCAAAAGUUGCAGUACCGUGGUUCAUUUACCACAGCAACACCAUCAGGUCUUACGGGUCCUCAGGUUACCACGCCAUCUCCUACCACGCUCAAUGCUUGGCUCUUCCCAAAUCCACAUGAUAAAUCUUCUCUCAUCACCCCUUUCCUGGGAUUUCUUCAACAGCCCACUACUAGCAGUCAACAGGUAUUGCCAGAUCCUUCUGUUCCUGUCUCAGGUGGUUUUACAACCCCUGGUGGCUUUGAUGACCGGUUGCCUGCACUUUCUUUGUCUCCUCCUGAUCUCUUGUUGCCUUUUGAGCCAAUUAAGCAACCUCCCACCUAUUCAUCAUGUUCAUCUGCUCCAGUUGUUUCAACCAGUUCCCUUGCUGGGCCACAGCUACAGCAACCAACACAAUUAUCCAUACCUCCACAGCAACAACAACCCCAGCCACAACCACAACAGCCACAACAACAGCCUCAACCACAGCCCCAGCCACAGCCCCAGCCCCAACAACCCCAGCCCCCUCAGCCACAGCCACAACAGCCUCAGCAGCAGCAACAGCAACAGCAACAGCAACAGCAGCAGCAGCAGCAACAACAACAACAACAGCAGCAGCAGCAGCAGCAGCAGCAACAGCAACAGCAGCAGAUGGGAGGUGUUGGUCAGACUGUUGUUGCUCAGGUAGAUUUCAAUCGAGGCAUGGUGACUGGUGUAACAAAUAAAUUCUCAUACCCAGUGGGCCAAUUCACAACCCAAGUGACUUAUGGUAGCCCUAUAGGAGAACCUGUUGCUGGACCCUCAGGAGUGGUAGUGCCUAAACAAGAACCCCUUUACCAGGAAUCUGCCUCUUUAGCCGAAUAUAAUCAGUCCACUAGUAAAGGGCACGAAAUAUUGUCCCAGGUAUACCAGCAAAGUCCCUUACCUUUAAAGUUGCUGCCAGUAAAACCAAGAAAAUAUCCCAACCGGCCAAGCAAAACCCCCGUUCACGAGAGGCCGUACGCCUGUCCCGUAGAAAACUGUGACAGGCGUUUUUCCAGAUCUGAUGAACUGACAAGACACAUCAGGAUUCAUACGGGUCAGAAACCCUUCCAGUGUCGGAUAUGUAUGAGAUCCUUCUCUCGUUCUGACCAUCUCACAACGCACAUUAGAACACACACCGGUGAAAAGCCUUUUUGUUGCGACGUGUGCUCCAGAAAGUUUGCUCGCUCUGAUGAAAAGAAGAGACAUGCCAAAGUUCACCUCAAACAGAAGCUCAAAAAAGUUAGUGGGAGUUCCCCUAGUGCGCCUCCUCCUUCCAGUAGCAGCUCUAGUAGUAAUGUAGCAGCCCUUACAGUUGCUGGAACCAGUGCGCAGCAGCAGCAGCAGCAGCAGCAACAACAGCAACAGCAGCAGCAGCAGCAACAGCAACAACAACAGCAGCAGCAUCAACAACAACAGCAGCAGCAAGUGCAUUUACAGCAGACUGCUGUUCAGCAGCCUCAGCAGCAACAGCAGCAGCAGCAGCAGCAGCAAUCAGGGCAGCACCAACAGCAGCUGAUUGGGUCAGGGGGUGUGGUGGUGACAACUGUGUAAAUUUCCAACCACCCUGAAUGACUCGUCCUCAUUUUCAGUAAGACAUUUUUUACAAGCUUUAACUAAGCUUUAUGGCUGAGGCCCGACAGAGUGUGUCUCUGUGCUGGGAGGCUAAAGGCAACGGCAGCCUUUCUUUCUCCUCACACCAUGAUGCCAUUCUUAAUUUGACUUCAUUAACCCAUAACUGAUAACCACCGUGGGUUGCCGUGGCCAACCCUGGGCGAGACCUGUGCCUGGGCCUCUCCAAUAACCACUAUUUUUGUAUGUUAAAAGUGUGGCAGUGUUGGGCGGAUCCCCGGCAGGUGGCAGAAAAGAAAUGGAACACUCAUACUGUGAGAAAACCCGAAGGCUUACGCGGAAAUCGUAUUUUUUUUAUCGUGAUUGUAUUGAUGGCGAUGAUGAAGACCCACCUUGACCUGGUGCCAACCGAGCACUGACCUCUUACCCUGUGUCCUUGUGCCAUUAUCAGUGUUAACUCACCGUGCCAUACCCCCUUUUCCCUCAAUGACCUUGUGAACGUCAGUGCCAUCAUUCCUGGGGGAUGGAGGAGUUUUUGAAUGACUUGGCACUCCAUAUCCCCCACCCUAACACGUGCGGCAUUGACCCUCACGUGCGAGAAAAAAAGAAAAGUCAUUGAUCAGCUAUGGCGUCACUGGUCAGCCGUGAUGUCACUGAUCAGUCGUGAUGUCACUGAUCAGAUGUGACGUCAUCGAUCUAUAGUGACGUCACUGAUCAGGCUGUGCUCCUCACUUGUUGUUUUCUAAUAUUUGGAAUGCCAUGUGAUGUUACAUUGUGAUUUGUGUUUGUCAUUUAUUGUGAUCUGUAUUGUCAACUUUUUAUUUAUAUUUUUCUACGUGAAUUUUACGUCCGGAAAUAAAAAGAGAACUAUUGAAAAAAAAUAGAUGAUAAUACCAGAGUCGUCAAACUGAAUGCCUUUUCUCGCUCUGUCUCCCUCCCUCGGUAAUACCGAUUCACCUCCCCCUCAAAAUUGGGGUAUUGGGUACUCCAAUCCAGUCUCUUCAAGACAGGCUGCCUCAUAUUUCUCUCUCCUCUUCACUCUCUCACUCUCUUUUUAUUUUUUCAUCUGCUGGAUAGAUUUUCAGUCCCCAUUUUUAGCAUCUCCUAAUGCUCUCGUCAGGAGUCACGGUCUGCAGAUGUAACUGGAUAUUUCAACUGACGACCUGUGACACUAAAAGAAAAACAAAUUCAGUCCUGCGCUCACCGCGAACAAGGUGUCACCGCGAACGAGGUGUCACCGCGAACAAGGUGUCGUUAUUUCGAAUUCAUGGCUGCACGUGUCACGAUUUGUAACCUAUUAACUGCUACCUUAGAAUCAAUACUCUCAAGUCACAGUAGGGUCCUUGAAGUAUGCAGAGGAGUAAGACCGUUGGUUCCUGACCUUAAUUUCUGUCGGUGGAGGGUGACACAAAGUCGGUGGCGAGCCGGAGCUGAUUUUCUUUUAGUUUCUUCUGAGAAAUGAAGUAAAAGACACAGCAGCGUAUGAUGAUGAUGAUGAUGUUUGUAUACUCUUAUUAUAUUUUUUGAAAGUGUAAGACACUUGUGUGAUGAUGCAUGAGAACUGAUGUUACCCAUGUUAGGAUAUCUGUUAAGAUAAACUGCUUUUCUGUGUGAGAAAUGAUGAGAAUGCUUCGAGAUGUGCAAGAGGCUUUUUUCGGGUGAAUGCAACACGUCAUCGUCAAAAGGUGGCUACUUUUAGAUUUUUUAUCUUCCUCUCUAGAAUUUGUUUAUUUGAUUUGAGAGUUUAAAAAAAGUAUUGUUGUUUUGCUAUUGCUGAAGGUUGAAUGUAUAACUGAUUUGUCUGUUAUUCCCAGAUAUUUUUGAUUGCUGUUGAAUCCAAUUCAUCAGUGUCGCAACUUAUUUUUGUAUUAUGAUUUUUUGUCACUAGAAGGAAAAUCUUUUGUAAAAUUUUUGUUAUUAUAAUUAUUAUGAUUAACGUUUUAGCUUAAGUUGUAACUAUAUUUGUUUCUCGUUUGUAAAAUGUCUAUUCAUUCAAUGCUUGAAACAUGUCUAAGAAUAUUUUUUAAAUGCUUGAAACAUGUUUAAGUUAUACUGAUCUUCGUUUCCCGUUCUGUAAAAUAUUUGUAACAAUGCUUGAAACAUGAUUAAAACACUGUCUGUCAAAUGCUUGAAACAUAUUUUGGGAAAAAUGUCGAGAAAAUAUUCCUCCGCUCGUUAUACGACUUUGGACUAACGGUACAAAUUCGCCUUAUGACUCAAAUAGAUUGCCUGUGAGUUUUCGAGGAGCGUUUGAAAAAGGUGCGGUUGCCUACUGCCGCCCCCCUGGCCAAUCUCUUCCCUAAAUUUACUUAGGUCGCUUAGCUGAAUAGAACCGAGGCGAGGAACUUCUAUACAAGGUCGCCUCAUGACUGUCAGGUCAUCAGGAUUACAAUGAUCUCGAAUGUGAUAUUUUACACGAUCAAGAGAUCCAGGGGUCAUACGAGCAUAGGCCUGUGCCUUUUUCCUGAUGCUCCUUUAUUCUGUGUACAAAUUUCUGUCGAUGUAUAGAAUGUUCGAUAAAAAAAAAUGAUUAUAAGUCCAAGAAAUGUAAAUUUGUUUUUUCUCUCUAUAUACAUAUAAAUAUAUAUACUUCACUUCUUUUUUUAAGUCUAUCUCUCACACUCGCGUGCGUGGUAAACUCUCUCUCUCUCUCUCUCUCUCUCUCUCUCUCUCUCUCUCUCUCUCUUGUACGUAUAUUUAAGUAUUCUCUAAUUCUCAGCGUUUAUACGGACGUAUUAAAUAAUAAGAGUUUAUAAUUGUUCUUGGUAUGUAUGCUGGAAAGUGAUUGUUUUAUAGAAUUUUUUUUCUUCUGCACAAACAGUUUUCAGAGAGAUAUAUUAUAUAUACAUAUAUCAUCAUUCUCAUUUUCAUAUAGAAGUCACGAAUCGCGCUUAGUCAUGUAUAACCAUCUCAUCCUUUUUAAUCAUACAUGUAUAUGUAUAUGCAAAUACCAUACAUGUACACUCACAUGUAUCAUUAUCAAGAUUAUUCUCACCUUUGCGAAUUUUGCAAUAGCGUUUUAUUGGGACAAUCAGUGUUCAAUGUUGAUAAUGUUAGCCUCAAACAUCUGUCCUCUCUCUCUCUCUCUCUCUCUCUCUCUCUCUCUCUCUCUCUCUCUCUCUCUCUCUCUUCUGUAUCUCUCUCUCACUCUUUCUUUAAGAAUGAAUGCCGAACUAUAUCCUGAGUUCAAGACCUAUACUACUUUUACCAUUAAGUGUUCAUUGUUCUCUAUCGAUUGUGGUGUCUUGUGCUCUGUGACGUCAUGAAAUGACAACAUUGUUUUCUUAUUGGUCAGUGAACGAGUGACGUCAUCAUGACGACUUUUUCCUAUUGGUCAGUGAGUGAAUGACUUCAUAAAUGUUCCUUCAUGGAUAAAAGUGAAUACAAUGGUUGUAAGACGAUAAAAAAAAUUGUGGAAUAUUGUUAGCCGAAAUCGUUAUUUAUUUACCAAAAAUUUUAAAUGUUAUAAAGUGUGUAUAAUAUACGUGUAAAAUACUAAUAUAAUUUUAUGCUGAAAUA